AUGCUGUUCCUUUGGGCACUGGCACUUAUUUUAGUUGUGCAGGAGCAAGAUCUCUUAGCUGCUGCAGACCCUCUCAGAGUGUUUCCUGGAAGUGUGGGGAGAGGAAAUUGGUGUAAUGAACAUGAUACCAUCCACAAACGCUUAGAUAUUAUUGAGGAGACGGUAAUGAAAACAGUGGAGCAUCUAGAAUCAGAAGUCAAAUCACUCCUCAACACCAUCAGUGAGACCACAAUGAACAUCCCCAUCCCUCCCGGAGCCCCACUUACAGACAUUUUUGAUGGCAAGUAUCUGGGGGGACAUAGCUUCAAAACACUGUUGCAUAUGUUAUUACCAAACAUGCCAUCUUUUCUCCCCUCCAGGAUGUGA